GUGCCUAUGAGCAAAUUUGAGCCGGAUCGUUUCAUUAAUUUCCAAAAGAUGGAAAACAACUUAAAAAUCGUCAAAGACAGGCUACAACGCCCCUUAACGUUAUCAGAAAAGAUCGUAUAUGGUCAUCUUGAUGAUCCUGUUAAUCAGGAUAUUGAACGAGGCGUUUCUUACCUAAAGCUAAGACCUGAUCGUGUUGCUAUGCAAGAUGCAACAGCUCAGAUGGCAAUGUUACAAUUUAUAUCCAGCGGCUUACCCAAAGUUGCCGUUCCAUCCACUAUUCAUUGUGACCACUUAAUUGAAGCACAAGCUGGUGGUGAUAAAGACUUAGCUAGAGCCAAGGACAUUAAUAAAGAAGUUUAUAAUUUUCUUGCAACUGCUGCUGCUAAAUACGGAGUUGGCUUCUGGAAGCCAGGUAGCGGAAUUAUCCAUCAGAUUGUAUUAGAGAAUUAUGCCUAUCCUGGUGUCUUACUAAUUGGAACUGAUAGCCAUACACCUAAUGGAGGUGGUCUUGGAGGUAUAUGCAUUGGCGUCGGCGGAGCUGAUGCUGUUGAUGUAAUGGCUGAUAUUCCGUGGGAAUUAAAAUGUCCGAAGGUUAUUGGAGUAAAGUUAACCGGAAAAUUGCAAGGGUGGGCAUCACCUAAAGAUGUAAUCCUAAAGGUAGCAGAUAUACUAACAGUAAAAGGAGGAACUGGGGCCAUUGUCGAAUAUUACGGACCAGGCGUUGAAUCCAUGUCGUGCACAGGAAUGGGCACAAUAUGCAAUAUGGGUGCUGAAAUUGGUGCUACCACAUCAACUUUUCCUUUUAAUCACCGGAUGGCAUCUUAUCUUGCAGCUACCGGCCGAAACGAGGCUGCUAAGGAAGCUGCAAAAUUUCAUCAUCUGCUAGUAGCUGAUGAAGGAGCUGAAUACGAUCGAUGUAUCGAAAUCGACCUCAAUGAACUCGAACCACACGUAAAUGGUCCAUUUACACCAGAUUUGGGCAAUCCGAUUUCUAAGUUGAAUAAAUCUGCUGUCGAAAACGAUUGGCCUUUAGAUAUCAAAGUCGGCUUGAUUGGAAGUUGUACAAAUAGCAGUUAUGAAGAUAUGUGUCGUGCCGCAAGUGUAGCCAAGCAGGCUUUAGAUAAAGGAAUGAAAGCAAAAUCGUUGUUUACUGUUACACCUGGAUCCGAGCAAAUACGAGCUACCAUAGAAAGAGAUGGAUUGGCUGAUAUAUUCCGCGAUUUUGGAGGUGUUGUCUUAGCUAACGCUUGUGGGCCUUGUAUUGGACAAUGGGAUAGGAAAGAUAUCAAAAAAGGCGAAAAGAAUACCAUUGUCACUUCUUAUAAUCGUAAUUUUACUGGACGUAAUGAUGCCAAUCCUGAGACUCAUGCUUUUGUAGCUUCACCAGAACUCGUCACUGCCAUGGUUAUUUCUGGUGAUUUACGCUUUAAUCCGGCAACAGAUACUUUGACUGCCCCUAAUGGAGAUAACUUUAAACUCGAAAGCCCCAACGGUGAUGAAUUGCCUGUAAAGGGUUUUGAUCCUGGGCAAGAUACUUAUCAGGAACCUCCAAAGGAUAGUGGAAAAGUAGCUGUUGAUGUUGAUCCUGAGAGUAAACGUUUGCAACUAUUAACUCCUUUCCAACGUUGGAAUGGUGAAGACUACGUCGACUUGCCUAUCUUGAUUAAGGUUAAUGGAAAGUGUACCACCGAUCAUAUUAGUGCUGCUGGUCCGUGGUUAAAAUAUCGUGGCCACCUGGACAAUAUCUCAAACAAUAUGUUGAUAGGAGCUGUGAAUAGCGAAAACGGCAAGGCUAAUGAAGUUAAAAAUCAAAUCACCGGAAAAUUUGGUUCCGUUCCGGAUACAGCUCGCCAUUAUAAGGCGCAAAAUAUUGGUUGGGUAGUAGUUGGAGACGAAAACUACGGUGAGGGCAGUAGCAGGGAACAUGCUGCUCUAGAACCAAGGCAUUUAGGCGGGAAAGCUAUUAUUGUAAAGAGUUUUGCUCGUAUUCACGAAACCAAUCUCAAAAAGCAAGGAUUACUUCCACUAACCUUUGCAAAUUCCAGCGACUAUGAUAAAAUUCAACCAAGUGACAGAAUUUCUUUGUUAAACCUUAAAGCAUUGCAGCCAGGCCAGCCUGUUGAAUGCCGAAUCAAACAUGAAAAUGGUAGCAGUGAAACUAUACUAUUAAAUCAUUCUAUGAACGAGACGCAGCUGGAAUGGUUUCAAGCUGGAAGUGCGUUAAAUAAAAUGGCCAUUUCAUCUUAAAUUUUGGGUUCAUUUAUAAUGAUUAAUGAUCUUGUGUAUUUGUUGUACCUGUUCGUAAUCAUAUCUAUCAUGAUUCGUGAAAGUAGAACAAAAUUUAAUAUAAAGCAAGACAAUCGUAUCUACAACAGUUUAAAUAGACUGUAGGCUAGAAAGCAGAAGCAAUUGUGUAAGCUAUUGCAGUAGCU